AUGGCAGCUAAUUUGCAUACUGAAGGCAGGGGACAGCUCUCAGAGGUGGAGGAGAGCCCACCCUUGGGGGCCCGGGAGGACGCCUGUCGGGAUUAUCAGUCAUCCCUCGAAGACCUGACCGUCAAUAGCAAACCGCACAUCAAUAUGCUGACCAUUCUAGCCCAGGAGAACCUGCACUUCGCCAAGGAUAUCGUCUCUCUCAUCGAGGCCCAAACCGCCAAGGCUCCUUCCUCAGAGAAGCUUCCCGUUAUGUACCUUAUGGAUUCUAUCGUGAAAAACGUUGGCCGAGAGUAUCUCACCGCCUUUACUACAAAUCUAGUUGCAACAUUUAUUCGUGUGUUUGAAAAGGUGGAUAAAAAUACCAGAAAAAGUCUAUUUAAAUUACGUUCCACAUGGAAUGAGAUAUUCCCAUUGAAGAUUCUUCAUGCCCUGGAUGUCAGAGUCAAUUCAUUAGAUCCUGCUUGGCCUGUUCAACCUCUACCCCCCAAUCAGAAUACAUCUAGCAUCCAUGUGACUUCUACAUUUCUAAAUAAAUCGCCUGAAGAGCCUUCAGCUGGAAAGAUGUGCCACUCUGGAUGUAAGCAGUCACAUAUGGAAGACUUUGUGCCACCUUCCAGGGAAGAAAGAAAUGCUAAGAGAAGUGCUGAACAAGAUGUUCGAGAUCCAAAGCGAAUAAAAAAGACUGAAGACGAACGACCACAAGAAAAUAAAAGCUUACAACAAGGUGAGGACCAUAGUAAAUCUCCUCAUCUAAGGCGGAGGGAAAGCUGGUCGAGCGCUAAAGGGGUUGUGUCACCUCGAGCCCCAAAGCAACAGCAUCGAUUAAGCGUAGAUGCCAAUCUUCAGGUUUUCACAGAGUUAACUCUCGCAAGCAAAAGAGAAUUACUUCAAAAGACGAGUGAACAUUUAGCAUCUGGUGAAAUUACACAGGAUGAGUACCUUGUUGUUGCGCCUCAAAUUCGACAGCUAUUUCAGUAUCAAGAAGGUGUACGAGAAGAGCAGAGGUCACCAUUCAAUGAUCAUUUUCCACUUAAGCGACCUAGAUGUGAAGAUGCAGGUGAACCAUUUGUAGAUACCUCAGCAUCACGACUCGCCGGCCUAGAUACAAAUCAGCGCCUUACAGUGUUAGCUGAAGACAGACCGUUAUUUGAUGAACCUAGUAGGCCAUCGGUAACAAGAGAUGGCCCGACCAAGAUGAUUUUUGAAGGACCUAAUAAAUUAAGCCCUAGGAUUGAUGGACCUUCUGCACCAGGUUUUCUUCGAUUGGAUGGGUCACCUGGACAAAUGGGGGCCGGUGGUCCUUUGAGAUUUGAAGGUCCUCCGGGACCAGAAGGGACACCUCUGAGGUUUGAAGGGCCAGUUGGUCAAGCAGGCAGAGGUGGUUUUCGGUUGGAAGGUUCCCCUGGUCUGAGGUUUGAGGGACCUCAUGGUCAGCCUGUGGGUGGACUUAGAUUUGAUAAUCCCGGAGGUCAGCCUAUACGUGGACAUAGAUUUGAGGGGGGUCGUGGUCCAUCAGGACCUGCAAUUAGGUUUGAUGGACCUCAUAGUCAGCCAGAAGGUGGGAUCAGAUUUGAGGGCCCUUUGCUACAGCACGGAGUUGGAAUGAGGUUUGAGGGCCCCCAUGGCCAGUCAGUCGCUGGCCUGAGGUUUGAAGGACAACAUAAUCAACUUGGUGGAAACCUUAGGUUUCAGGGUCCACAUGGUCAACCAGGGUUUGGGAUCAGGUUUGAGGGACCUUUAGUCCGACAAGGAGGUGGAAUGAGGUUUGACGGUCCUGUACCAGGAGGUGGACUGAGACUUGAAGGGCCUCUGGGUCAAGGUGGUCCAAGAUUGGAAGGUUGUCAUGCUUUCAGGUUUGAUGGGCAGCCAGGUCAGCCAUCACUCUUACCAAGAUUUGAUGGAUUACAUGGCCAACUAGGUCCUAGAUUUGAAAGAACUGGUCAGCCAGGCUCACAGAGAUUUGAUGGACCACCUGGACAGCAGGUUCAACCAAGAUUUGAUGGUGUUCCUCAAAGACUUGAUGGUCCACAACACCAGCAAGCAUCAAGGUUUGGUGUUCCCCUUGGUCUUCAAGGCACACGAUUUGACAAUCAUCCUUCACAAAGGCUUGAAUCCGUUUCGUUCCGUCAGACUGGUCCAUAUAGUGAGCCACCUGGCAAUGCUUUUAAUGCCCCAUCCAAAGGACUGCAAUUCCCAAGACACGAACAAAUAUUUGAUUCACCUCAAGGACCCAAUUUUAAUGGACUGCGUGGCCCUGGAAACCAGAGUUUCUCAAAUCCCCUUAGCAGAGCUUCUGGACACUCUUUUGAUGAAAAGAAUCUUCAAAGUCCUCAAUGUGGAAACUUUGGCAAUUUACCUGCUCAGAUAACAGCGGGAAACAUGCAGGUGUCUCAACAGGUUCUCACUGGUGUUGCUCAGCCAGUACCGUUUGGCCAGGGACAACAAUUUUUACCAGUUCAUCCAAAAAAUCCUGGAGCAUUUGUUCAGAAUCCUUCCGGAGCCCUUCCUAAGGCAUAUCCUGAUCAUCACCUCAGUCAGGCAGAUGCCAAUGAAUUAUUUUCAAAACUGCUAAGAACAGGAAUUCGCAAAUUGCCCCAGCCUGAUUCAGCUACAGCACAAGUAAAUGAAGUUGCUGCUCAGCCUCCCACUGAAGAGAAGGAAGGUCAAAAUGAAGAUCGAGAUGUUCCCGAUCUUACCAAUUUUACAAUGGAAGAGUUAAAACAACGUUAUGAUAGUGUUAUAAAUCAACUGCACACUGGUAUUCAGUGUUACUCUUGUGGAAUGAGGUUUACAACGUCACAGGCAGAUGUAUAUGCAGAUCACUUGGACUGGCAUUAUCGGCAAAAUAGAACUAAAAAAGACGUUAGCAGAAAAGUUACUCGUAGACGUUGGUACUACAGUUCAACAGACUGGAUAGAAUUUGAGGAAAUAGCUGAUUUGGAAGAACGGGCAAAGAGCCAGUUUCUUGAAAAGGCGCAUGAAGAAGUUGUGCUCAAAACUCAGCAAGCUGCUAAGGAAAAGCAGUCCCAAAGUGUACCGGCAGGGCCAGCUGGAGCAGUGGAGAGUUGUGAAAUCUGUCAAGACCAAUUUGAACAAUACUGGGAUGACGAAGAGGAGGAGUGGCAUUUAAAGAAUGCCAUCAGAGUGGAUGGAAAGAUUUGUCAUCCAUCAUGUUAUGAAGAUGAUCAAAAUACAUCUUCAUUUGACUGUACACCAUCUCCCAGCAAGAAACCAGUUGAAAACCCUCUGAAUAUUAUGUUGAACAUGGUCAGACAUGAAUUUCAGGAACCCUGUGAGAGUACCAAUGUUAAGGAAGAACAAAUUGAUACCCCACCAGCUUGUACAGAGGACAGCAUAGCAACAUCUCAGAAAAUUAAAACGGAAGAUGAUAUAGUUGAGUCAGUUUAAAUAAAAUGAGAAAAGUAUGUUUUUCUUUUUUAAAAAAGCUGCUGUUUGGAUCUAGGUGAAGAUUUUUUUUUUUAUGUAUAUAUAGAACUAUCUGUAUAAAUUGCCUAACUGAGGCAGGGCCUUCAGCUAUCAUUUGGUUUAUAAAUACAUUUUAGUAUUUGCAUAGCCUACUGCCUGCACAGUUUCCGGUGCUUGUUGUGUGAAAGUUAUACAGAUGUGUGCAAAUUUAACAAAACAAAAUUGUUAUGUGUAAAAAUGUACGAUUUUCACUUGUGAAACUGUAAAUUGUAAAUAAAAAAAUAUUUUUGCUACCCAUGGAGUGUAAUAUUUAUGGACACCAUCAAAUAAAGACAGUGUUUCUGUACUUUUUAUUGGGUGAAAAUGGAAUUAAACAGCAACCUCAAGAAAAAUUUUUUUUCUGGUAGUUCUGAUGAUUAAAGCAAAGUCUAAGUUUUAUCCUUCAUAGGGGGGUUGUGAGAGAGCGCGGCAGGCCUUUUCUCAAAUAGGAAAGCCAGAUUUGAAAAAUUUUUAGAAACAAUAGGACAAUUAUGCAUAUAUAUAUAUAUACAUAUAUAUA